AUGCGCAAAAAAGAGGACAACAACACCUUUCAAACCGCGCGAGCCCCGGUCAGUAAAGGGGCUUUUGGUGGAGGCCUUCGGGCACCCGCCUCGGGACCCUCACAGCGACAGUCGUCGAGAGGACGGCAACUACCACAAGGGCCUGGCACGCGUCGCCGGCGAAGAGGUCAUCCGGCGGCGGUGGUCAUCCGGAAUGCACAGGCGGAAGGAGAGGGUGAGCAGGCGUCUUACGCCAGUAUUAUGCGGCUCGCCAAGGAAAAAGUCUCUCUUCUUGACCUGGGAAUCGAAGAUACCCGCAUCAGGCGAGAUGCGAGAGGAGGUAUCCUUGUCGAGAUUCCCGGAAUUGAUGGGGCAGUCAAGGCGGACGCUCUGGCCGAAGCACUUGUCCCGAUUCUCCAGGGAAAAGCCAAUGUCACCAGGCCGAUCCGGCGAGGAGAAGUAAGAAUCGUCGGCCUUGAUGUUUCGAUCUCGCCGGCCGACAUCCAGGAGCGGAUUGCAUCGGGCGACUUUGGAACGUGCCGUCGUCCCGAUGUAACGGUGGGCCCGAUCACUUAG